AUGGCAGAGAUCCGCGCGAGGGCAAUCACUUACAUUCUGGACGAGGAGGAUGAUGCUUUCAAAAGGAAACGUGCAAAAAUGGAAAAGGAGGGAGAUCAGAGGGAUGCAUCGUCGGAAGGCAAACAAAGUAAAGUAAAAGGAGAAGGUGGUAAGCAGCGAGAUAAGAAGAUAAAGUCAGGAGAGAGGGCUGCGAAGGAACCGUUAUACCCUAGGAAGGAAAGCUUCAAGCGCUGUCGCCCAGAUAUCGUGAUAUCAUCGAUAGAUUUUGAGGGGAUCAAGACACAUAAAGACGAUCCUGUGGUAGUAAUGGUAAGAAUCAACAUCUUUAAUGUGCGAAGAGUUCUUUUGGACCAGGAAAGUUCUGCAGACAUUAUCUACGGCGAUGCGUUCGAUCAGUUGGGUUUGACGGAGAACGACUUGAUGCCAUACAUUGGGACUCUGGUAGGUUUUUCAGGAGAGCAGGUCUGGGUACGUGGCUACCUGGAUUUAGACACGGUUUUUGGUGUUGAUGAAGAUGCCAAGCUUCUGCGUGUAAGGUAUUUGGUAUUGCAGGUCGUGGCAUCAUACAAUGUCAUUAUUGGACGGAACACGCUCAACCGUCUUUGCGCGGUGAUUUCGACGGCUCACCUGGCGGUGAAGUAUCCUCUAAUCUGCGAGAAAGGUGGGAAAAAUAGCGGUUGA